AUGACGCUUCUUAACCCGUGGACUUCCAACUUCUUCAACUUCUUCAACUUCAUCAACUUCAUCAACUUAAUCUACUUCAACUUCAACCUCAGCAACGACAACAAUAUCAUCGUCAUCACCAGGACUACGACUGGGUAA